UCUCUGACGACAAUGCUCCCCUACUCAUGUUGAGGUGCCACCAAAAUUAUCCCCGACUUUGAAAAAGCAAUGGGUAACUCUGGAGUAUCUCUAUCAACGCCCACUAUUCUGCCCCUACUUCUCUACCCAUGCUCAAACCCAUUGUGUUCUGGGAAUCUACACCAAGCACUCAUGCUCGACGGGUUUCUUCUUUUCCUUAUAGAAACAGACUAUAGUUUCCAAGUGGAGACUCUUUUAUCCGAUGGCUUGACCAAUAAUCCCAAUAAUCCCAAUGUCCUCAAUAUCAUAUGCGACUCGGUCCAGACUCAAGAUUCAACUUGCCAAUCUCCUCUGUCUGUGCACAAUAUCUUAAACUCGUUACAACAUGACAGACGUGAUAUGAAGUGAUGUUUGUCUUAUCGAUGUUUCGAUAUGGAUUGCUUAAAGUCGAAUAGGAUCUUUGCUAUCAAGCAAUACAAAUCCUUGUCCUGAUGUUUUGGCAUUCAAAAGUUUAACGACCCCCAUAAAGCCCGCAGAAAGAUCUCAUCUCAAAAUUUAUACCACAUUUACUCUGCUAAUCUACUAUUGUUUUCUUGACAUCAAAUCUCGACUGUUACUCUACUAAAAUUAAUUUUCAAAGACCCACAAAUAUGAAGUUUCUCUGCCUUUGUGGAGCAUAUGGAAGCUCAGAUGUAAGUACAACGUUCCACUGUAGAUUGGAAGCCUAAGCUAACUUUUGUAGAAAUUUAGAGUGCAGCUUGGUAUGUAUCUUUGCCAGCCUUCAACACCAUAAGGCUCAUGCUAAUCUUUAGAACAGCUCCUCUGAUUAAGGAAUUAGCAUCAGAUGAGACUGCCGAGCUAUUCUUUGCUCAUGGCCCCGUUGACGCGUUUCCCCCGGAGGGAUAUGAAGAUUAUUUCGGUCCAGGUCCACAUUAUCGAUUCAUCAAGCCCGGGAAUGCAGAAGAAGGGGGAAGUGACCUUCUCGACCGCAUUAGAAAUUUUCCCAAAGGCGCAACUGCGGAAGAUCAAAUGCGGGAAUUGAUGAGGAUCGGAGUUGGCUCCGCAGCUCCUGUCCCAAAUGCCAAUGGUAUUCAUUGCGAUGAGAGCGCACAAGAUGCCAUGGAAUAUCUAUACGAUAUCAUGCAAGAAGAAGGUCCUUUCGACGGCAUUAUUGGAUAUUCAGAAGGAGCCACUGUUGCGGGGACGCUAUUAUUACACGAGCAAAAGAGAUUCGAAAUCGAAGGAAGAUUACCAAUGUUCAAGUGUGCUGUGUUCUUCGCUGGGUGGCCUCCAUUGACACCUGAAUUUGAUGGAAUUGUUCUUGCAGAUACAACCGACUUGACAAUUACCAUUCCAACCCUUCAUAUCAGUACGUUUUCCAUAAUUGACCUUGGAUGCUUCCAUAAACAUUAAUUGACUCUCGAACUAGUUGGCUCGUUAGAUCCAUAUCUGGCAGGAUGCAUCUCGCUCUAUAAUGUGUGCGAUAUGGAUAAUGCAUACCUCUUUGAUCACGGAAAAGGCCAUACAUUGCCCAGAGAUCCGGAGACAGUUCGGGAGCUUGGCAACAUAAUACGCACAAUGGGCUCAAGUAUCGGACUUUUGUAAUAUAUUAUAUGGGAUGAUGCAUUGAAGCACGUAUUCAAGCGCUUGAAAGAAGCCCUUGCAUUCCUGCAGUGAGCAGGCCUCACGCAUGCUCCGAAGUUCGGAAACACUAGGCCGUAGAACCGGCACCCUUUUCCUCAUUACAAUUAUAAUUAUUACACGAUACCACAUUUUGAGGCUAGAUGGGAGG